AUGGGAAGCUUCAACACCAGCUUGGGAGGAGGCUUCCUCUUGGUGGGCUUCUCAGACUGGCCUCAACUAGAGCUCAUCUUCUUUAUUUACAUUUUGAUUUUCUACUCCUUAACUCUCUUUGGCAACACGGCCAUCAUUGCUCUCUCCCGAAUGGACCUUCGAUUACACACUCCCAUGUACUUCUUCCUCUCCAAUCUCUCCUUCCUGGACCUCUGCUACACCACCAGCACUGUGCCCCAGCUCCUGAUCAACCUUCAUGGACUUGACAGGACCAUCAGCUAUGGUGGGUGUGUGGCCCAGCUGUUCAUAUUUCUUGCUCUGGGCUCCACAGAGAGUUUGCUCCUGGUGGUGAUGGCCUUUGACCGCUAUGCUGCUGUGUGUCGUCCUCUGCACUACACAACCAUCAUGCACCCCCUUCUCUGCCAGACAUUGGCUAUUGUCUCCUGGGUGGGUGGCCUCCUGGCGGAAGGAACCGAGGCCAAGAUGUUUGUGGCCAGAGUGGUGAUUGUUGCUUUUCCAGCCAUGCUCAUUUUAGGCUCCUAUGCACAGAUUGCCAGGGCAGUGUUGAAGAUCAAGUCAAAUGCUGGACGCAGAAAAGCCUUUGGGACAUGUGGGUCCCACCUUCUGGUGGUUUCUCUGUUUUACGGCUCAGCCAUCUACACAUACUUACAGCCCAAGGGCAGCUAUUCUGAGAGUGACGGGAAGUUUGUUGCCCUUUUCUAUACUAUCAUCACCCCCAUGCUCAACCCUCUCAUUUAUACCCUGAGGAACAAGGAUGUGAAGGGUCAGCCACAGGGUAGAAAGGAAAAGGUGAUCAAUAAAACAUUUUAUGUGCUGUGA